CAUUUAUUUAUUUCUGCAGACAUUUUAGAUAUUUUACAGCAGAAAAUUGAUGAUUUAAUGGAUCAAAUUAGUUUCCCGUUAGCUGAAAAGAAUUCAUAAAUAUUCCUCAAACAUUUAAGCAGUACAAAAAGGCCUCAAGAUGACUAUCUCAAAAAGUACACUUCGUGGGUCUAACAGAAUCAAAGAAAAUGAUAAACGUAGGGUUGUGGAUGAAACUUCACGUAAAAGAAGGCAACGGAAGGUUAUGGAACUUCUUGAGUCUGAUAAUUAUCAUGAUGACCCCCAUGCUGAUCUUGUUAUGAGCAAAAAAGUACCAAAAUUCGAAGAUAACCUAGAACAGAGAACAACAAGAACAAAAAAAAAAGAACGUACAGCAGACUAUUAUCAAAACAAGUUCAGAAAAAACUUCCAACAACUUGUUGAAGAAGACCGUAAUGAAGCAGAAGAAAACAAUCGAGUUUCUUAUAUGGAUAUUAAGUGUGAGGAGUCAACUUUACCGCCAAGACAUUUUUGUGCAGUGUGUGGCUUUUUGGGGCAGUAUAAUUGUUUAUCUUGUGGAACUAGGUUUUGUAGUAUAAGAUGUAUGGAUACUCAUAUGGAAACUAGAUGCCUUAAAUGGGCAGCAUAAACUUUUUAAAUGGCUUUUUAUAUAAACUUUUUGUAUUAAUAAAGAUACCUUUUAACCAUU